GGCAGCCAUGCCAUAUGCUAAUGACUUCCGUCACUGGUCAUCUUAUGGAGCUCGAUUUCGAAGAUCGCUUUCGCAAAUGGCAUUCUUGUGAUCCCGCUGAUCUCUACCAUGCCCCCGUCCGGAAAUACGUCCCUGAGAAGAUUGAAGAGAAGCUCUUCGUGAUCUAAAGUGGAAAGGAGCAAUGGUCGAAGGAAUGAAAGCUUUGAAAAGGAAUGAGAUUUGUGAACUUGUCACUCUACUAUUAGGGAAGAAACUGGUUGGCUAUGAAUGGGUGUUCAUUGUAAAAUACAAGGCUAAUGAUUCAAUUGAAAUAUAAAGCUAGAUUGGUGGCCAAAGGAUUUACUUAAACCUUUGGAGUAGAUUAUUAAGAGACAUUUGCUUGGGCUGCUAAGAUUAACACAAUCAGGAUAUGUUAUCUUGUGCAACCAACCUUAAUUGGAAUUUGCAACAAGUUGAUGUAAAAAAUGCCUUUUUUCAUGGAGUUUUAGAGGAAGUCUACAUGGAGAUUCCUCUAGGGCUCACUGAUGAGAAAACACAUGGGAAGGUCUGUAGAUCAAAAAAUGCUUUAUAUGAAUUAAAGUAAUCUCCUUGUAGUUUGAGCGAUUUAGCAAAAAUAGUUUCCUUUGGAUAUAGAUAGACUAAUGUUGAUCAUACCAUGUUCAUCAGAUAUUAUUACAAAGGUAAGAUUAUAGUAGUCACAAUCUAUGUUGAUGAUAUUGUGGUAUUUGGAAAUGAUAGAGAUGAAUGUUUUGACUAAAAACCUACUUGCCCAAGAGUUCAGGAUUAAAGAUUUGGGAAAAUUGCAGUUAUUCUAGGUAACUAAAGUAGCUAGAUCAUAUUAGAAAAGGGAAUCUUGAGAAACUAAAUCUUUUAGAAGAGAUUGGUGUGUUAGGUUGCUACCCUGCAAAGAUUGAUAUGGAGAUAUAUGCAUUUGUAGUGAGCUUGGUAAGCUAACAUAUGCAUUACUGCAUUUGCAAUUGCAUGCUGUUUUCUCUAGGAAAAUGACUUCUUUUCUCCAAACAUGGUCAACUUCAACUAGAGAUGUUGAUUGAGUUGGAUUUCUAGAUGAUAAAAAAUCAAACUUUGGUUAAACCUGUAUACUUGUGUGAGGAAACUUAGUAAUAUGGAGAAGUAAAAAGCAAAGUGUAGCUGCUAAAUCAAGUGUUGAAGGAAAAUAUAAAGCGAUGGCUCUUAGUGCUUCGAAAUCCUAGAACAAGUUGUGAUAAAAAACUCCGAAUACAUGAAUUGACAUGAAAGAGGCUAAGAUAAUUUCCAUAAAUUGUUACACCCUUAAUCAACUAUUGUAAUUAGAAACAAAGAUUAUGGAAUGAUAAAAUCCAGGUAGAAAAUGCCACAAGGAAAGAUUAUUGAUAAGCAACUAAACAUGGAGGUACACAAAGAAUAAUCAUCUUAUAGAGGAUAGAAGAUGAGCACAAGUUCAACUAAGAAAAUUCUCAUUAUUGGGAAAAUAACAACUUAAAUUCGUCCAUCCCAUGUUUAGUGGGUAGUUAUAGCCUUAAAACUCCUAAAAUUUAGCCUAAACCUAUUUUCAGUUGGAUUAUAAAUUGAUCUCCAACUUUGACUAGGAUAAACUAAUCCUAUCAAAACAAGAAAAACUAAUUAAAAUAAUGAGCUGCCCAAAAAUCACCUAAUGGGCCUAAAUAAAUCCUGAGCAUAAGGUCCAACAUAAAUAUAAAAAAUUUCAAAUUUGACAUUGAAGUCACAUGUCACAAAGGAUUGGUUCUUCAUGCUUGUUCCCCGUACUUUUCAAAUAUAGUUCCUGUCUUGUAAACCUCGCUUCCACCUAAAAUGACUUGAUUUCACAUGAUUCCAAGAUUGUCUUUGAAUAUUAGAGCGAGUGUGUUUGAAGAAUAUUGAUGCUCUUAUGUGCUUCAAAUGUUUGAAAAGUAUUACCUCCUAUGCAUGUAUCACUUAGAGUCGGUGAAUCAAUAUGCUUGUAGAAAUUGUUAUGAUGCGGAACCCCAAGACUAAUAAGAUAAUCUUAGAACUUUUGAUCAAAUUUUAACCAACAAGUUAAACCACCAAACAAUCAAAUUGAUUUGUUCUUGCACCUAAGGACACAACUCAAAAGAACUUAAAGAAAAUCAAAGAGAAUUCCUUUAAACCCAAUCGAAUUAAAGUGUUCAAAAACAUAAGAAAUAGGAAUUGAAUUUGGAAAGCAAUUGAAUAAUCAAUCACAAUCCAAACAAUACCUUGCUUAUAAAGAUAAGAGAAAGCUAAAACUCUCUUUUAGUAAAGGAAAUUAUGAGAUUUUCAUUCAACAUAUCAAAACAAAAUACUACAACCCCUAUAUAUUGCCAAGACUUAAGGACUACAAUGCAAACGAUAUUAAAUUGUCUUCAAGUCUCCAUAAAGGACAAGAUAGAUAUCAAAAGGACACUGGAGGAGGAAGCAAGAAGGUGCCAGUGGCUUAUUCUAUGGCUUGAUUGUGAUAGAGAGGGAGAAAACAUUGCAUUUGAAGUGAUGGAUGUAUGUGGAGCAGCAAAUCACAACCUUACUAUAUGGAGGGCUCGCUUUUCUGCAUUAAUUGACAGGGAAAUCCAUGAGGCAGCCCAAAAUCUUAUUUCUCCUAAUCAGUGUUUUUCUGAUGCUGUGGAUGCUAGGCAAGAAAUUGAUCUCCGCAUUGGUGCUUCUUUCACCAGGUUUCAGACCAUGUUGUUGAGAGAUAAGUUUGUUAUUGAUUCUGCUCAAGAUGACAGAAAUCUUGUUCUGAGUUAUGGGCCUUGUCAGUUCCCUACACUUGGCUUUAUUGUUGAACGUUACUGGGAGAUACAAUCACAUGAGCCUGAAGAGUUUUGGACUAUUAAUUGUUCUCACAAAUCAGAUGAAGGCAUUGCAAACUUUAGUUGGAUGCGUGGACAUCUUUUCGAUUACACUUCUGCUGUUAUACUUUAUGAAAUGUGUGUUCAGGAACCAACUGCGACUGUAAUGAAGGUUCAUCAGCAGGAGAAACGGAAGUACCCUCCACAUCCUUUGAGUACAAUUGAGCUUGAAAAACGUGCCUCAAGAUAUUUCCGGAUGAGUUCUGAACUCACCAUGAAAGUGGCAGAAGAUCUAUACCAAGCUGGUUUCAUUAGUUAUCCUCGUACAGAAACGGAUGGCUUCUCUAGCAGGACUGAUUUACAUACAAUUGUGCGAGAACAACAGGAACAUCCUGUAUGGGGUUCAUAUGCUCAACGACUGUUAGAUCCUGGAACAGAAUUAUGGAGAAAUCCGGGCAGUGGUGGACAUGAUGACAAAGCCCAUCCUCCCAUUCAUCCAACAAAGUUUUCUGCUGGUGAAAGUGCAUGGAGUCUAGAUCAUCAUAGAGUAUAUGAGUUAGUUGUUCGCCAUUUUCUGGCAUGUGUUUCACAACCAGCUAUUGGGGCUGAAACUAUUGUUGAAAUUGAUAUUGCUGGUGAACAGUUUUCUGCAUCAGGGAGGGUGAUAUUAGUUAAAAAUUACUUAGAUGUUUACCGUUUUGAAUCAUGGGGCAGUUCAAUGAUUCCUACCUAUGUCCAAGGUCAACGGUUUCUCCCGACAACCUUGGCUCUUGAUUCAGGAGUCACUAGACCACCACCUCUUCUAAGUGAAGCAGAUUUACUUAGCUGUAUGGACAAGGCUGGUAUUGGUACGGAUGCGACGAUGCAUGAUCACAUAAAGAAGCUGCUUGAUCGAUUCUAUGCAACAAAGGAUACGAAUACUCGUUUCUCACCAACUAAUCUUGGUGAGGCUCUGGUUAUGGGAUAUGAUGACAUGGGAUAUGAACUUUGGAAACCAAAUCUUAGAUCAAUGAUGGAGUUUGACAUGAAACAAGUUAGCAUGGGCUGUAAACGUAAAGCUGAAGUAUUGGAUACUUGCUUGCAACAGAUGAAAGCUUGCUUCUUAGAUGCAAGGGUAAAUAAAGUGAAACUCCUAGAAGCCAUGGCUAUAUUCUUUGGGAGAUCAGAUAGAUAUGGAGGAAAUGACCAUCAUGUAGCUGCAGAAAUUGUUCGACCAUGUGGACUUUGUCAGGAAUCAAAUAUGGUGCUAAGACGAAGCCGGGAUGGCAAUUUCAUGGUUGGAUGCUUGGGGUUUCCACAGUGUAGGAAUGCUAUAUGGCUUCCUGGACCAGUACUUGAAGCCACUGUAAGCACCAACAUUUGCAACUGCUGCACGCCAGGUCCUGUUUACUUGAUUCAAUUCAAGUUUCGGCAGCUUGAAAUACCACCAGGCUUCAAUGUCAACCAUUUAGGUUGCAUCGGUGGCUGUGAUGAGACUUUGAGACAGUUGAUAGAGAUAUGUGGAACUGGUUCUCGUGUACAAGCCAGAGGUCAUGCACCUAAUCCAACACCUGGCAACCUCCAACAAAAUAACAUUAGGCGUGGUACUUGCAUUCACUGUCAGCAAUUGGGACAUGCUUCAAGCAAUUGCCCUUCACAAUUUUCAGCUUCUCGACAUGCUCAGUUCAAUGGAAUGAGACCACAAACUGGGGAAUCUUCAGUUUCAUGUGGGACAUGUGGAGCACAAUGUGUUUUGCGUACGGCUAAUACAGCAAAUAACAGGGGAAGAAAGUUCUACUCAUGUCCAUCUCAAGGAUGCAACUUUUUUGUAUGGGAGGACAACUCGAAUAAUGGCACCUAUGGAACAAAUGCAAAUGUCAGUAACUCGGCAUCUAAUCCUAGCUGGAGCAGGAGGGGUGGCCGUGGCAGGGGUACACAGGGUGGUGGGACUUUUGUUUCUGCCACUGGUGAUCCUGUAUCUGGCAGGUGUUAUAUGUGUGGUGAUCCAUCACACUUUGCAAAUACCUGUCCAAAUCGUGGUUCGCGAUGGUGAUGGUGAUGAUCUCUUGAAUGUUGAAGAGUGAAAAGAUGCAUUACCAAAGUAAAAAUAGGUUUGUGCCCACAAGUCCACAACGGUAUUUAACUGUAUCAAUAUCAUGUAUUCUAAAUUUUUAAAAAUUGAGAAGGCAACAUCUCUCUUUUUGUCCGGUUGAUGAGGCUUAACGAAACUUAAUUGUGCAUUAAGGGCAAGAUCUGAUCUCUCAUUAUCUCAGGUUCAGUGCAUAGAACCCAUUUAUUGCUUUAAUAUUGAUAGAUCGGAGUCUUAUUUUUCUGUUAUUGCCAGAAGCCACUUGUUAA